UGGCCGCGUUUUCGCGGCGGAGAAGCCGCGGCGCGGGCUGGGGGGGAAGAGGAGGAGGAGGGCGAGGGCGCGAUCUGGCGUUCAAGUUUCCAAACAUAGCCGGCAGCGCGGGCUGCCCGCGCGCCCCGCCGUGCCCCGCCGCGCUCCAGCUGCCGGCCGCGCAGGGGAGGGCGCAGGCAGGGCGCCGGGCAUGCGCGCCCCGCGCAACAAGUGGGCUCCGCGCCGCUGGACGGGGGGAAGGGAGCGAGGGGCGGGCGCUUGACGGUGACGCGGGACCCCGCCCGGGUGCAGCCGAGCCGAGCCGGGAGCGCGGCGUGGAGGAGGGGAGGGGCGGCGCGGGGGGAGCGCGGCGCGGAGGAGGGGGCGCGCAGGCACACGCGGCGGCGCGCAGCACCCCGCGCUCGGACUGCGAGCAGCGGCGAGGAUGUGAGUGAGGAGCAGGCGGCGCCGCUCGCCACGCUGCUGCCGCCGCUGCCCCCGGGCCGCUACCGCUCCGCCGGCGCUCGGGGAAGCCGCCGCCGCAGCCGGGACCGGACAGCUCCGUGCGGGUGUCCCUCUUUCGCUCGCGGCGGUGGAUCGGCACGUACCGAAGUGCGAGCUCGCGAGGCAGCCGCGGCGGGUGGAAGGUGACCCCCCCAUCUUCCUCCGUGCACCUCCGCCUCCUCCCGGAGGAGGAGCAGCAGCAGCGGAGAGCUAGAGAGCGCAGGGAAACAGAAGCGGCUAGAAGGCGACCCCCACCCAACCCCCCGGAGGAGCAGUAGAAGCGGUUCCCACCCCACCGGGGCAGCAGCGGCAGGACCAGGUGGAAGAAGCUCUCUCCGACAGCAGGAGCGAGCUGAAAGCAGACGAUCCCCCUGCUGAAAGGGGCGACAGGAUCAGGUACGGAGAGCCACCCCCCCUGCAGCCCGGGGGGGAAGACUGAGCAAGCCCCUACCCCGGCGGCAGCGGCAGCAGCUCCCCGGCCAGCAGCACCAUGUCCGCCGCGCAGGUGUCAUCGUCCCGGAGACAGUCAUGCUACCUGUGCGACCUUCCCCGCAUGCCCUGGGCCAUGAUCUGGGACUUCACGGAGCCUGUCUGCCGGGGCUGCGUCAACUACGAGGGCGCCGACCGCAUCGAGUUCGUGAUCGAGACGGCCCGGCAGCUGAAGCGGGCGCACGGCUGCUUCCAGGACGGCCGCUCCCCGGGCCCCCCGCCGCCGGUCGGCGUCAAGGCAGUGCCACUCUCCGCCAAAGAAGCGGCGGCGGCGGCCCAGCAGCAGCUCAACCAUGUGGACGCCUCCUCGAAGGCAGCCUCGGCGGGGCUGACCCAGUCCAGCCUGGACCGCUACGGGCUCAGCGCCGCCGCGGCGGAGCAGCGCAGCCGCUUCGAGUACCCGCCGCCGCCGGGCAGCCUGGGCAGUAGCCACGGCGCCCGCCUGCCCAACGGGCUGGGGGGGCCCAACGGCUUCCCCAAGCCGCCUGAGGACGGGCCGCCGGAGCUGAACCGGCAGAGCCCCAACUCCUCCUCCUCCUCUUCCUCCUCCCGCCGCGGGGCGCACGGGGGGCUGGUGUCCGGCCUGCCCCCGGGGGCCGCCGGCGCCCAGAUGAACGUGCCCCCCAACCUGCUGCCGCAGACCUUGCUCAACGGCCCCGCCGCCUCCGGCGUGGCGCUGCCCCCGCCGCACGGGGGCCUGAGCGGUCGGGGCGGUGGGGGGCCCCCGGCUCCCUCCGCCUCCUCCCAAGGGGGCACCUGCGGCGGCGGCGCCGGGGGAGGCGGUGGCUCGUCCUCCGAGGCCUGCGGCAAGCGGCCGGGCUCGGUGUCCAGCAGCGACCAAGAGCGGGAGCUGAAGGAGAAGCAGCGCAACGCGGAGGCGCUGGCCGAGCUCAGCGAGAGCUUGCGGAACCGGGCCGAGGAGUGGGCCAGCAAGCCCAAGAUCGUGAGGGACACGCUGCUCACUCUGGCCGGCUGCACCCCCUACGAGGUGCGCUUCAAGAAGGAUCACGCCCUGCUGGGCCGCGUCUUUGCAUUCGACGCCGUCUCCAAGCCGGGCAUGGACUAUGAGUUGAAGCUGUUCAUCGAGUACCCCAGCGGCUCCGGCACCGUCUUCUCCAGCGCCUCUGGCGUGGCCAAGCAGAUGUACCAGGACUGCAUGAAGGACUUCGGCCGCGGCCUCUCCUCGGGCUUCAAGUACCUGGAGUACGAGAAGAAGCACGGCUCCGGCGACUGGCGGCUCCUGGGGGACCUGCUGCCCGAGUCCGUGCGCUUCUUCAAGGAGCUGGUGGGCGCCGACAUGCUGCCGCAGCCCUACCUGGACGCCAGCUGCCCCAUGCUGCCCACGGCUCUGGUGAGUCUCCCGCGGCCGGGGGCCGGGGCCGGCGGGGCGCAGGGCACGGCCGCCGCCUCUAGGGGACCCGGCGGCGGCGGCGGCGGCGGCGGCGGGGCGAUGCGCAAGAGGAAAGCUUCUCCCGAGCCCUCGGACUCGGCCGAGGGGGCUCUGAAGCUCAGCGACGAGCAGCAGCGGCAGCAGUGGAUGGCCAGCCAGAGCGAAGCGCUCAAGCUCACCAUGUCGGCCGGGGGCUUCGGGGCGGUGCACGGCGCGGGCCCCCCGCCGCCGCCGCCGCCCCUCGGGCCUCACUCCAACCGGACCACGCCGCCCGAGUCCGCCCCCCAGAACGGACAGUCCCCCAUGGCCGCGCUCAUGUCGGUGGCCGACACGCUGGGCAAUGCCCACUCGCCCAAGGACGGCAGCUCGGUGCACUCCACCACGUCCACCCGCAGGAACAGCAGCAGCCCCGUGUCGCCGGCCUCGGUACCGGGCCAGCGCCGCCUGGCCUCCCGCAACGGGGACAUGAACCUGCAAGUGGCCCCUCCUCCCCCCAGCGCCCACCCCGCCAUGGACCAAGUGCACCCCCAAAACAUUCCGGACUCCCCCAUGGCAAACAGCGGGCCCCUGUGCUGCACCAUUUGCCACGAACGCUUGGAGGACACCCACUUUGUUCAGUGCCCCUCUGUGCCCAGCCACAAGUUCUGCUUCCCUUGUUCCAGAGAGAGCAUCAAGGCCCAAGGGGCAACUGGUGAAGUCUACUGCCCCAGCGGAGAGAAAUGCCCCCUAGUCGGUUCCAAUGUGCCUUGGGCAUUUAUGCAGGGCGAGAUCGCGACCAUUUUAGCUGGGGACGUUAAAGUGAAAAAGGAGAGAGACCCUUGAGUAGGAAAUCCAAUCCCUUCAGACUCCUGAAGAUGUAGAAUUGUGAAUAUAACAAACUGCAAAAGUUAGUCUUAUGUAUAGACAUUAUUUUCGUCGUAUGUUUCUAUAUUUUGAAACAAAGGUAUGUACUCUUCUUCAUUUGAAGGAUAGAGCUGGUUUUUGUUAAACAGAAUAUAAUAUUGUUUGGUUACUACAUAAUACCUGUUCUCAUUUCUUUGGCAGUGUGUUGGCUAGGUACAAAGUUAAUAGCCCUUAGCGAUUACCUGCUGCUGGUGUGUAUUUUUGUAAAUGUAUGCACUUCUCUGAAAGAAGAAGAAAAACAAAAAAGACAAAAAAAAAUUUUUUGCCAAGGCCAGUGUUGAUGCCUAAAAAAUUGCUACAAAAAUGGUGACAGCUUAUGUUUUACAAGCCCUGAGUGUUAGUCUUUCACUUUAUUUUUUUGUUUUUGUUUUUUGUUUGCAAAACGGUGGGGUGGCUCUGGGGGGAGGGUGUUUUUUGUUGCAAGUUUGUAAGGAAAAUGUUUCAGUUUGUUUCUAUUGAUCUGAACGUUUUUAAUCUUCAUGUGUUUUUUGUUUUUGCUUUUAUUGAUGCACGGAUGCUUUUGAACAGUAGAGCAAAAUGCUGUACAUGAAAAACAUGCUCUGUUUGUCCUUUAUACAUUUCUGUAGUUAACAGAACACUGUAAUGUGCCUUGGAGCUUAGUAAAUUGUAAUAAAUUCAAUUGAUAU